CCCACGGGCCUUGAAUGAAGCAGCAUUGGAGGGCGUGGCCAACCUGACCACUAAUGUGUUAAAGUGACAUCAGCAGCAGCAGCAGAGCCUCCACCCAACAGAAGCAGCAGGAAACUCAACAAACGGUCGAACCUCUGCUCACCUGAACAGACCAAUCAUGAAGUGGAGCUCUCCUCGUCUCCCUCUCCUCUGCUCUUUUCUCACCCUCUUGGUCGUGGGAGCUUCGGGAUUCAGGAUCUGUGCCUAUAGCAUGAAGGAUUUCAACAUCCUGAAAGCAAAAAACUUCCUACUGGUGCACACUCUGACACGGAUCGUGUCUCGCUGUGAUAUCACUCUGCUGCAGGAGGUGAAUGAUCCUGAUGGUAGUGCCAUCAAGAUUCUGGUGUCUUCACUCAACAGGAAAGUUCCCAGGUAUGAGAAUUACACCUACCGGGCAUUAACAAGUGUGGGUCUGGGAAACUCUCCCGACAACAUGCAGCAGUACGUUUUCAUCUACAGGACCGACACGGUGAAUGUGACCGAUCAGCAUCAGUACAGGAAGGCCCAGUCCUUCCUCAGGGAGCCGUUCGUCGUGAAGUUCCACAGCGAGAAAACUGAAAUCAAGGACUUUAUUUUGGUUCCUCUGGACUCUGAUCAUGAUCGGGCCGUCCAGGAGAUGGACCGGCUCUAUGACGUAUUUCUGGAAGUCACCAAGAAAUGGAACAACACGAAUGUGAUGUUCCUGGGAGAUUUCCACGCCAGCUGUGGCUACAUGACCCGAGCCAACAAGAAAAACAUCCGACUGUUCACCAAUUCUAAAUUUACCUGGCUGAUCGGAGACAGAGUUGACACCACCGUCACCAACCAGGCCAACUGUGCUUAUGACAGGAUCGUAGUGCAUGGGCGACCCCUUCUGGAGGCGAUCCGUCCGUUGUCUGCGAAAGUCUUCAACUUUGCCAAAGAGUUCAAACUCACCAAGACAAGGGCUCUGACGUUAAGUGACCACUUACCUGUGGAGGUGAGACUAAAGAGCUCCGCCCUUCUGCUUCAGGCCAUGCCCCUCCUGAUCCUCCUCAGCAUGUCGGCGAUCGUCCAGUCCUUCCUGUCCGCUCUGUGAUCGUCUGCUUGAGUCUUGGGGUGUAAAUCCUCUAAAAGCCUUAUUUUUUUGUUUUUUUUUGUUUUUUUAAUCCAGACAGUCUAUUCGCCUGCACUCAUCAAUAAAAGGAGUGAUGAGCUUUCUUUUAACGUGGUUUGACCCACACAGAUUUUUAGUCAGUUCACCUGGAUCACGGUCAAAUGACCAAAGUAAAGUAAAAACAACACACCUGUUUUCUGGCUGAUAAAUGCUUUAUUAUCUCCUUAGAAUAUCGAGAUGACUCGUGCUUUUUGGGGUGCUCAUUUAUUUUUUCAGUCCAACUUUAUUUACCUUGUUCUCUCCAGAUAUCAAACCAUUAUUAUUUUAAGAUAACGAAUCAUAGCAGUAAGAUUUUACUUCUUCUCUGCUUCGUCAUUUCUGUUCUCUUCAGAGAGGCCGAAGGAAAGAAGCUGGAGAUCCUAAAGAGAACGAUCGCAUUUAAGUCCCGAUGCCACAAAAACAUGUUUGAUAUAUUUAGAUAAAUAUGUACAAAGUUUUAGAACACCUCCCAUUUUUCUAGUUUGUAUGUAAAUCUAAGUAGCAACGUCUACGCCACCAAAACAGACAUUUCCAGAUCUAAAAUGAUCAAUUAAAUGAAGUUUUGUUCAUUAUUUCAAUGUAGGAUUAGCCGAUGACCAGCUGCUCCGUCUUCAUUCAUUAAUAUUAUAUAUAAUAUAGUAAAAAUAAGACCUUCAUCUGAUCUGUACUGUAGAAAUGUGUUAUUUCCUUCCACUGCUUCAGAAUAACUUGUUAACUCAUUACUUGAUCCCCAAAGAUAUCCCUGUAAUUUACAUUAUUUCUCUUAAACUUUACCUUCUUUGGUUAUUCUGCAGCAGUGGAAGAAAAUAAAACACAUUCCUACAGUAAAAACCUUGGAACAGCCUGUUAUUACACCCUCACAACCUUUAUUUUUACUAUAUUAUAUAGAAUAUUAAUGAAGGAAGACGGAGCAGCUGGUCAUCGAUUGAUCCUACAGUGAAAUAACGAACUAAACUCCUUCAUUUAAUUGUUAAUUUUAGAUUUGAAAAUGUCUGUUUUGGUGACAAACGUUUUUAACUUUGCUGCUUACUUUGGUACCAUUUAAGGUUUUUCACUGGACUUGAGCUACUUAGAUUUCAAAACAAACUACAAACAUGGGGAUCUUAUAAAACUUUCGAUAGGUUGUGUAUAGAGGAGGCUUUUAUAGCUGAAAGAUUAAAAUUGGUCUGACUAAAAAGCAGUGGUGCUCAAGUGUUUUAAACCAUCAGAUGGCACACUGAUAACUGAAGUAGAGGCGUCGGGAUCUGUCUGAUCCAAUCGUACGUCCGCUUCAGUUAUUAAUCAGCACGUCCGUGUGUUGUGGGAAAAGAAAAGUUGACACAAUCGAUCACCUCGGCGCUGCAGGGCAGAAACCCGGCUGAAGAUAGUCUGACAAUCAUCCGCUGGACACAGUAGCUACCUGCUGGAGUCUGCAGAGUUGAAGUUGGUUUAAAUGUUUGUAUUGGUGACUUUUAAAUCAAAGAUGUCACUAGAUUUACACUCACAUGGCAGAUUUUAUGCUUCAUGCCCACAGUAAAACCUCCUUCUGGUGCCAUUUAGAAGAUGCCAAAUACUUUUUUAAUUUUAUAUUAACAGUAAUAAUGGAAGAGAAGAUGCGCCUGUGCAAAGAGUCUAAAUUAAUUUGUGUUUAUUAAUUUUUUAGCAAGAACAACUGAGUAGUAACUGUGUUACACCUCUUUUAGCAGGUGAAUCAGUGUACUGUUGUUAAUUUAGGUACUAUUUCCUCAUCAUUCUGUUUUUUUUUAGUAGCCGCCUCAGGUCUGUCCCACUCUGUACAGAAACUGAUGUAAAUAUCUGCAACAUGUCAGGAUAUAUUGUAGGACAAUCAUUCAUUCAUGUGUUUUUAAUGUUCAGUAAAGUUAUUUUGAAAUUAAAA